CAUUCAGAUUCUUCAAUUACCCGCCCCGCAAAUGGAUCAUCCGCUGGUUACCCUCCAAAGGCAAUAAUCCGCCCCGCGGGGGCCCCAUUGCGCAGCCUAGUGAGUAAUGUAUUGAUUGGAAGACUUUCAAACCGCUUGGGGAUACACUGAUUGAGCUUGAUCUUCUUGGGUUUGCAAAGGCGCCUAGUGCGUUUUAUAUUCAUUGUCAAGACUGCACUGAGAAGUUUCGAAAGAAUGAGGGGUUUAAAACUUUGUGCGCGGGGCUUGAGAAGAAUUGGGGUAAGAAGUGGGAGGAAUUGAAUGCUGUUGGUGAGGGAAUGGAUGUCAGGACGAAGAUGGAGCUAGCAGAAAAGAAAGAAGAUGAGGGCGCUGCCAACAAGCCUAUCAUUAUAGAAGACGAUGAUGAUGACGUCCACAAAGGUUUAGAGAUGCCAUUUAUAGCAGUAAUGGAACCACGAAGCAAUGUGGGCUUCAGAAAUCAUCGUGUUCAUCAAGGAGUUCAAAAUGGCAUCGCAGAUAUUCGAAGACAACAGGCUACUCAACCCCCCAUCGGCUAUGAACCCGCAACACCUAGAUUUCAAGAGAUCGGAAAUCGUGUCGAAGCCAAUUCUUUCCCCCGGAGAACCUUCAUGAACAGAUGGAAUGAACCAUCCGUUUCACAGUCUUUGCCAGGAAAUGUACGACGUCAUAUGGGUAUGAACAUGGUCAAUGGUAAUAAUAAUGACAACGGCAGAGGUCGCGCUAGUCCAGAAGGAUAUGAUUCUUAUGAUUUCGGUUACAGUAGUAUACUCAAUGUCCCAAGACAAAUGGUUCAACCUGUUGGCAAUUAUAUGGUUGGUGCGCCGGAAAAGAGAGGGCCGGCAACGGAUAUGGAAAUGGUUGAUGCACAAUAUGGAUAUGGUAGGAACAACGUACAAGCUACAAACGGACCAUACUUCUCAUCCAGAGUUAGCAGUAACGGAGGGGUGUAUGGAAGACUUAUCAAUGUCCCGAGACAUUCCGGAGAUCCAGAUCCAUACUAUGUAUCUCCAUACAGAAUGAACGCAGGAGGCUAUGGCAAUAUGCAGAGUAUUCCAAGACAAUCUGGACAAUUACGACAUCAUGUAUCACCACAAGGAACGAACCCAGAAAGUCAUGGUAGUGUGGCAAAUAUUCCAAGGUACUCCAGACAACCACAAGCUACUAUUGCUCCCACUGUGGCUGCGUCUGAAUGUCGAAAUAUCGAAGGGGCUGCUACCGGUCGGUCGGAAUAGAAAUUUCAUGGAUGAAAGAUUGGAUGGUUCAUCAUUGGGUGGUAAGUGGGUAUCUAUGUAUAUAAUUGUGUA